AUGCAGGCAGAAUACAACAAGAGCGCAAGUGCAACCCUCCCCUCCAAUGUGCCUUCAUGCAGGUCCUUGUCCAGGGAAGAGGGCCCCAGUGGCCACUGCAGCCUCUCAGAUAGGGAGCUUGCCCGGAACUUACAGGAUGGCAUCAAACACCGCAUCUUCUACCUGUCAGAGCAGCUGAGAGUGGAGAAGGCCAUCCGGGACGAGAACACAGUGGGCUACCUCAAGCUGGUGUCCAAAGCAGACCGGCACCAGGCCCUGCACAUCCGGCAAGCCUUUGAGAAGGUAAACCAACGUGCCUCUGCUACCAUUGCCCAGAUCGAGAGAAGGCUCCUCCAGUGUCACCAGCAGCUCCAGGAGCUGGAGGAAGGAUGCAGGCCCAGAGGCUUAGCGCUGACAGCAGAAAGUAACCUGGACAACUGUGAGCAGCCCAGUGAGAAGGCCCCAUUUUCCGAGUCCCCCAAGCUGGGUAGGGAAGACUGCCUGCCCACCAACCUGCCCAACGUCAUCAAACCCUCCCCGGGCUUGCAACAGGGGAAGUUGUCAGAGACAAAAUGUGUGGCUCGGCAACAAAACCUGCUGUUGCAGAAGGUAAAGGAAGAGCUGAAAGAAGUCAAGAAGUUCCACAUCAGCCUCAAGAUGUCCUAUCAGAGCCUAAACGACAAGUAUCUGAAAGACCUGCAGGUGUCGCUGGAGUCCCUUCAAGAGGAGAAAUGCAGACAAACGCUGAUGGAAGAGCAUUUGAAUGACCACCUGCAGGGCCACCUGGAUGAGAUUUACCACCUCAAACAGAAUCUGGCCUGCACUGAAGAGAAAAUGGCCUAUCUGUCCUAUGAGAGAGAUAAGGAAAUAUGGGAGGUCAUGGAGACUUUCAAGAGCCGAAUAUCCAAGCUGGAAACUUUACAGCAAGUCACCCAACUGGAGAUGACAGAGCACCUCAGAAGCCGUCCCCAGGAGUUUUUGUUCAGAUUCUUGGGCCUGCUCCUCACACUGGCCUCCCUCCUCUUGGUCUCUGUGUCCUCCAUUUGUUCCCUCCCUUUGCCGCUGUUCCACUCACGCCUGCGCACUUGCACCACGCUCGUGCUGCUUGGGCUCGGAGCCCUGGCCUGGCAGAAGCGGCAUGCCAUCUCCACCUUGAACUGGCAGGUGUGGGUCCCCUCCAGAUGGAGACUGUACUCCAAGGACUCCAAUCCUCCAUCAGAUGGACCUUAA